UGUCCACUCAAAUGUUGUGUCUACAAUUGCUGCAUCUGUUCUGUCUCUGAAGGUGAGCCAUGUCCUGUUCAGCCUCCCAGUGGACUCCUCAGCGUCCAAUUCUCUUCGGCAGCCUUUUGGCGUUUUGCUUCAUCUUCCUUUUCAUCUCGUACAAGGCCGACAUCACCUACCCCGAUUUUGGAAGAGUUGGUCAGUUUUGUCCUGCCUUCCUGUGUGCAGAGAGAGCACAGAGCCAUGACUCAAUCCCCAGCAACUCCACAGAGCUCCUCAAUAAAACACAUUCAGGUCCGACCGAGAAGCUCCAGGCGGCAGCAGUGGACGCUGAGCCCGACACAGUUGUGCUGGUCUGGAUGUGGCCGUUUGGCUUCAAAUUUGAACUCAACUGCGACGUUUUUAAUUGCACAAGAUGCCACUUAACAGAUGACAAGGAACUUUACCAUAAGGCCCACGGGGUGGUCUUCCACCACAGGGAUAUACAUGGAAGUUUAGAAAACAUGCCCAAAGGGCCACGCCCCGUUUUUCAGAAAUGGGUUUGGUCAAAUAUGGAGUCGCCCACCAACUCAGGUAAAAUCACUGGACUGAAUGAGCUUUUCAACUUGACAUGCAACUAUCGGCGUGAUUCAAGUAUCCCAGUGCCUUAUGGGUAUCUGUAUCCCGUGACCUCUGCAGAGGAGAGUUUCAAAUUGCCAGCAAAGGACAGUUAUGUUAUGAUAGUUAUGGGCCCGCCAAGACACGUUUAUGACUUUGUAAAAAUAAUUUCUGCUUGUAAAUUCUACCUCUCCUUUGAGAACUCCUUCCACAGAGAUUACAUCACAGAGAAGUUCUUUAAUCCUUUGACUUGGGGAAGUGUUCCGGUAGUUAUGGGCCCGCCAAGACACAUGUAUGAGGGCCACGCCCCAGCUGAGUCUUUCAUUCAUGUCGAUGACUUUCCUUCUCCAAAGGAGUUGGCAGAGCGGCUACUUUACCUUGACCAAAAUCACACCGAGUACAUGCGAUUCUUCAACUGGAGAAGCACGUUUAAAGUUAACCCAUCUCUGUUUGGAAGAGAAAUUGCCUGCAAAACAUGUAUAUACUUACAAAACCACAAGGAGUACCAAGCUUUUAAUGAUCUGAACACUUGGUACUGGGGCUGAGAGGGUGUGAACGUUGCAAUGUUGUAUUUUUUCCCUUGUCCUAAUGUGUUUAUCUGCUUUUCUCAAACCAGACCAAAGAGAAGCGAUGGACUAACCCAAUGGUUUUCUUCUUUUUUGUAGUAUUUAUUUUUGUGGGGUGAUAUAUAUCAGGUACUGUAGUUAAAGGCACUAAACAUUAACAUCAACUACUAAAUGCAUUUCUCAAAAGUUGUGUCCAUCAGUAGACACAACUAGAGGUACACAGUUAUGUACUAUGUUUUUUUGGUUAAUAUGUUGUAUUUUCAGUGGUUUUCUUCA